CGACGAGAGAAAGGGAGAAGGGGCAGUAAUGGCGGCCAGUUAGUGGGAGACUGAGCCGAGGAGACGGCGGCAACAGCGACGGGAGGAGCUGGCGUGGCUCCGUCUGUGAUUCAGCCCGGCGGGCCGGCUUCCCCAGGGGACUUUUUCUGCUUCCUCCUCCUCCCCCCCUCUUCCCUCUCCCUCCCCUUCCCCUCCCUACCCGAGCCCCCGCCUGUCCGCCCUCCCUCCUCCCUCCGCGCCGGCGGCAGCGGCGGCAGCGGCGGCGGCCCCCCGUGUCCCCCCUUCCCGGGGCCAUGGUGAACACCAGGAAGAGCUCUUUGCGCCCCCUGGGCAAAGCGGCGGCCGCUGCGGCCGGAGCCGGCAGCCAUUUCAUUUCGUCCCGGACCCGCUCUUCCAAAAGGGGCACCAAGGCAGAUGCGGCCGGGCUGGAGGAGACAGCGGCAGCGCGGAAAGAUGAAGGUAGCGAUGCUAGUUUGAGUGAUAGCCACGUAUCUCCUCCUGCCAAACGUACCUCAAAACAUGCUGAUCCUGUGUGCAAAGACAAGUCAAAAUCACGCAGUACUGGACAGCGAGAGGAAUGGAGCAUCUCAGCUGGACAGUCCAGGUUAACUUCACAGCCUGGUGCUACACUACCAAAUGGACGUAGCUUAUCUCUCAAAAGCCAUCCCCUUCGAGGGGAAAAAAAGGCAGAUGGGGACCAUGCUUGCAUAAACGGAGAUAUAGAAGUCAGAAAAAGUUGUCGGUCCAGGAAAAACAGAUUUGAAACUUUGAAUCAGAGUUUAUUGUUUGAUCAGCUAGUAAACAGUACUGCUGAAGCUGUGCUACAGGAAAUGGAUAAUAUUAACAUCAGGAGAAAUAGGAGGUCUGGGGAAGUAGAACGGCUACGGAUGUGGACAGAUACAGAAUUUGAAAACAUGGAUAUGUAUUCUCGAGUGAAAAGGAGGAGGAAAUCACUGAGGAGGAAUAGCUAUGGAAUUCAGAACCACCAUGAAGUGUCCACAGAAGGGGAAGAGGAAGAGUCUCAAGAAGAAGAUGGAGAUAUAGAAGUAGAAGAGGCUGAGGGAGAAGAAAAUGAUCGACCAUAUAAUCUCCGACAGAGAAAAACUGUUCAAAGAUACCAGGCCCCUCCUAUAGUUCCAGCUCAUCAAAAGAAGAGGGAAAAUACACUGUUUGAUAUUCACAGAUCUCCUGCAAGAAGAAGCCAUAUCAGGAGAAAGAAGCAUGCCAUUCACAGCAGUGAUACAACCUCUUCAGAUGAAGAACGUUUUGAGAGAAGAAAAUCUAAAAGCAUGGCCAGAGCAAGAAAUCGGUGUCUGCCUUUAAACUUCAGAGCAGAAGACUUAGCUAGUGGAAUCCUGCGAGAACGUGUGAAAGUUGGGGCAAGUUUGGCUGAUGUUGACCCUAUGAUUGUUGAUAAAUCGGUGCGUUUUGAUAGUAUAGGUGGAUUGAGCCAUCAUAUCCUUGCACUUAAGGAAAUGGUAGUGUUUCCUCUUCUCUAUCCAGAAAUAUUUGAAAAAUUCAAAAUUCAGCCACCAAGGGGCUGUUUAUUCUAUGGUCCUCCUGGAACAGGUAAAACCUUGGUAGCUAGAGCUCUAGCUAAUGAAUGCAGUCAAGGAGACAAAAAGGUGGCUUUCUUUAUGAGGAAAGGAGCAGACUGUCUCAGUAAGUGGGUUGGUGAAUCUGAACGUCAGCUUCGACUCCUUUUUGAUCAGGCUUACUUGAUGAGACCUUCUAUAAUCUUUUUUGAUGAGAUAGAUGGCUUAGCUCCAGUUCGUUCUAGUAGGCAAGAUCAGAUUCACAGCUCUAUAGUGUCUACUCUUCUUGCUCUUAUGGAUGGACUGGAUAAUAGAGGUGAAAUUGUUGUAAUUGGUGCUACAAACAGACUGGAUUCUAUAGAUCCAGCACUCAGGAGACCUGGUCGCUUUGACAGGGAAUUUCUUUUCAACUUGCCUGAUCAAAAGGCACGAAAGCACAUUUUACAAAUUCAUACCAGGGAUUGGAACCCCAAAUUGUCAGAUCCUUUCUUAGGAGAGCUGGCUGAAAAGUGUGUUGGGUACUGUGGAGCUGACAUAAAAGCACUUUGCACUGAGGCUGCUUUGAUUGCCCUGAGACGACGCUAUCCCCAGAUUUAUGUGAGCAGUCAGAAAUUACAGCUUGAUGUUUCUUCAGUAGUUCUCAGCGCGCAGGACUUUUAUCAUGCAAUGCAGAAUAUUGUGCCUGCUUCCCAACGUGCCGUGACAUCUUCAGGACAUGCAUUAUCCCCUGUGAUCAGACCACUGUUGGAACGUACCUUCACUAACCUUCUUGAGGUUUUACACAAAGUGUUUCCUCAUGCUGAGUUUAGCCAGGGUGACAAAAGUGAAGAUGUACCAAGUCUAAUAUUAGAUGAUAGUGAAGAUGAGAAUGCUUCAUCAAUUUUUGAGACAAGCUGUCACUCGGGAUCACCAAAGAAACAGUCAUCAGCUGCUAUACAUAAACCCUACCUGCAUUUUACGAUGUCAGCUUAUCACCAGCCAACCUCUUACAGACCAAGAUUACUGCUAUCUGGAGAGAGAGGUUCGGGUCAGACUUCGCACCUUGCUCCAGCACUAUUGCACACGCUUGAAAAAUUCUCUGUACACAGGCUAGAUCUGCCAGCACUUUAUUCAGUCAGUGCCAAAACGCCUGAAGAAUCAUGUGCACAGAUCUUUCGUGAAGCUCGAAGAACAGUACCAAGUAUUGUUUACAUGCCUCAUAUUGGUGAUUGGUGGGAAGCCGUCAGUGAAACUGUGAGAGCUACUUUUCUAACUUUGCUGCAAGAUAUACCAUCUUUCUCCCCUAUAUUUCUACUGUCUACCUCUGAGUCCAUGUAUAGUGAAUUGCCUGAAGAGGUGAAAUGUAUAUUCAGAAUCCAGUAUGAAGAGGUUUUUUAUAUUCAGAGACCAAGUGAAGAAGACAGAUGGCGAUUUUUCAAAGGAUUAAUUCUUGAUGAGGCAGCAAUGCCCCCACCAAGAAGGAAACAGGCUGCUCUUCGUGCUCUGGAAGUUCUUCCUCUUGCACUGCCAUGUCCUUCCCGUGAGCUGUCAGAAGCAGAAAAACAGCGAAUGGAGGACCAGGAAGAGAACACAUUGAGAGAGUUGCGGUUGUUUCUCAGGGAUGUUACCAAGAGGCUGGCCACAGACAAACGCUUUAACAUCUUCAGCAAACCGGUGGAUAUUGAAGAGGUUUCAGAUUACCUUGAAGUUAUCAAAGAGCCAAUGGACUUAUCAACAGUAAUAACCAAAAUUGAUAAACACAACUAUUUAACAGCCAAGGAUUUCCUAACAGAUAUUGACUUGAUCUGCAGCAAUGCAUUGGAGUACAAUCCAGACAAAGAUCCUGGAGAUAAAAUAAUUAGACAUAGAGCUUGUACAUUGAAGGACACUGCUCAUGCUAUCAUUGCUGCUGAACUGGAUCCGGAAUUUAAUAAGAUGUGUGAAGAAAUCAAGGAAGCGAGAAGGAAAAGAGGCUUACCAGUAGCAGCAGAACAAAUAAAUCCUCAUGGUUCUACUGUGCGGAAAAUGGAGGCUAGAGUUGAAGAUGCUUUUCGGAACAAACAAAAACCUACCAUGGCUGUGUGGCCUAACUCUGCAACUAAAUGUGCAUUUCGAAUAAGGAGAAAAUCAAGGCGGCGUUCACAGUGGGGCAAAGGCAUUAUUAAGAAGAGGAAAGUCAAUAAUUUAAAGAAAGAUGAAGAUGAUGCAAAGUUUGCUGAUGAUGAAAAUCAUGGAGAGGACAGCAAAUUGCUGGAAAAUGGAGAGCUAGAGAUCAGCACUGACUGUAUUGAGGAGAACGGGGAGGAAACAGGAGAUUUCUCUAUAAUGAAUGAUGAAUCCUCUUGUGAUAUUAUGGAUAUAGAUGCAGAGCAGAGGCUUAACAAUGGGACAUCAGGAAAGGAAAACAAUUUUGCAUCCACAGAAGAAGAGAGCUCAAAUGAAUCUCUAUUAAUAACCAACACCGUUACCCUGAGUGCUGAAAAGCAAUUAAGGAAGGACUCUACAUCAAAAGGGGACUGUGUGAAUGGAGAGACAUCUGUACACAGCUCAGAGGGUAAACCCGUUCCUGCAUGUCAUAAUGGUAAAAUGGAAUCAGCUGAUGCUGUUUCACCCUGUGACAACAGCAAUGGGUCUAGUAACAAGCAAAAACCUUCAUCUGAAUAUCAGCCAAAGGAGAAAACAGAUGCUUCCAGUGAAAGUCAAGGAGCUGAUCUAGUGAAAGCUGAAUUACCACAUUGCAGCAAUAACGAAAAAACACUGCAGAGCACAGACAUUGAAACUAAAGAUGCUGAAGCAGAUAAAGAAGGGGUAUUCAAAAGCAAGAAAGCUCGAAAAGUCACUAUGGAACAGUCAAAACCCACAAGUUUGGAGCAGGUCCCAGAGGAACCAUCGGAUCCCUUACCCUCUGUGGUUGUUGACCAUGACAGACUGAAGAAACUGCUUGAUUUGGUGGUUAAGAAAAGCAACAACCUGACUGUUGACCAGCUUGAGAGAUUGUAUUCACUCCUCAGUCAGUGCAUCUACAGACAUCGUAGAGACUAUGACAAAUCACAGCUGAUAGAGGAGAUGGAAAGAACAGUUCAUGUAUUUGAAACAUUCCUGUGAUCUCAUCAGGAUGGGUGGGUUUAUCCUCUCAAACUGCUCAUGGAAGAGCAGUCCUCUGAGCCAUUCAGUUUCCAUUUGCACCAAGUAUGUGCAGAGCCUUGGUCUUAAGUGCUCUCUCUUUUUCUUUCUGUUGAAUUUGGUGCUAUUGUCUCAGGUACCUGAAACCAACCAGCCUACAAGAACCAAACGAAACUUCAUAUAGUUGUAUCUGAUAUAAAUAAAGAAUACAGUGCCACAGCUUGGAAAUUUUGGUGCUACAGAAACUGUUCUCAUUUCUGCUCUUGUUCGCUCUACAUGCAUUAUCUUUGGGGAAACUUCAGGCAAAGUGGAGACCAACACAUAGAAGAGGACUGGAAAGAGCAGAUCUCAGUUGAAUAUUUUCAAGUGGGCAACCUUUUUUAAUUUUGGUUUUCCAAUAUUUCUCUUCUCUGGGGUAACGGACAAACAAAAUCUGUUCUAAGAAGGCAAUGAAGCAUUGUGGUAGGAAUCUUGAGUAACUGGAUGUACAGUAAUUUGAAGACGAGGCUCUCUAGAACUGCCUUUAAUGUGCCUUUUAGUCAAUUGAGAAAGAUAAGGCUCAGCAGUUGGUUUGGAUUAUAGCAAAUGGCAAUGUUAGAAUGCUGUCUUCAGAAUGAAGAUCUCCAAAAGGAUGAUUUGUGCUCUCUUCAUUGGGUGGCAACCAGUCAUGGUUCUAUAAUGCCUGUCUUGCUCUGAAGAACUAAACUAAGACACACUGAAAAAGCCACACACUUUACCAAAAUGGUGAAAUUCCUUUUGCAUUGCUAAAAGUGAAGCAUUUUCCCACCAUUUCCUUCCUUUCCAUUUCGAGUUCUUUAAGAAAACCAAGUUUAAUACUGGCAGGCUUCCUUUUGAAGUUUCAUGUUUGUAAUAUAGCUUGGACUGUGCAGUGCAGGUAAGAAGACACUAGAGUUGGUCAAAGUCCUGGAGCCCAAGCUCACUUGAAAAUAAAACUUAAACUAGGCUUCACAACUUUGUUUGUGCAAAGCAUUGUUAACGCUGAGGGGAUUGGAGGACAGCCUUUUGAAUCGAUCUGUUUGGACCAAAGUUCUCUGGGUCUGAAUUGUGUAGUUCACAACCUUUACGGUCUGGCAACUGGAGAGAACAGCCUAGGCAGAUUCGAGAAAAACAUGUUUGAUUACAAGCUCAGCAUUAAAAUACUAACCUGGGCUAUUAUAUUUUCAACCUACAUGGAAAGUGUUUUAGAGUUGGCUGGUGUUACCAUCGUUAACCGUUCAUUGUGACUGUCCCUACAUAGCUGCGGAAGUGUCUUUCCAGAAAUAUGCAACACAGUGUGAUUAGUUUUUAAUUAGAGAAAACAGUCUUGGACUACUGCAGAGAUACUGAGCUACCUCAGCUUUUUGUAUUUUAGUUACCAGCAGUGUUUAUGGAGGACUGUAAUCACUCUGCUCCCAUUUAUAAACUGAAGCUAAGGUACUUGUCUCCACCUCCAUGGCUAAUAGUAGUAUAGUGCUGCAGAGAAACAAAACAUGGGCCUUGGGCUACUGCAGUAAUCCAAAGUGCUUUGUGUAUUAUGCUUAAGCAUCAAUCUUAGAUCUUUUUCUCCCCUGAAUGCUACUGUUAUUCUUUAUAGCUAAUGGCAGAAAAAGGUUUUAAGCAUUCAUGUACAUCAAGUUACACCUUCUAAAUGCAACCCAUGCAGGAACACUGUAUUUUUUAGGUGGGAAAGUGCGAUUAAAAACAACAAAAACAAGCAGAAAA